GCAUCGUCGCAACUUUAUAAAACAUUACAAAAAAAAAUAAUAAUUGCAAAAUCCAUAAACAAACAUUAAAGUAAAUAAAGAGACGGAACAGAAUUGUCUUCAACAUGAUUUUCUAGUGAGCGAGAGGUGAGAAGGAGGGUGAAGGGAUGGGGCUGUUCGGUGGUUUCGUCCUGUUCGUUCUCUGUGCAAUGGCUGCUGUUAAUAAAGCUCAGGAGGAGGAUAAGGUGGCGGCUUUCAUGAGCGGCGAUUUCAUAAUCGGUGCCCUUUUUCCGCUCCAUUAUCAGCCGGCCGGCAAGGCGAAAAAGCAAUCGCACACCAUCCGAUGCGGCAGGAUACGCGAGCUGUACGGCAUCCAAAGGGUCGAGGUGGCCUUCCAGACCAUUGACGCCAUCAAUGCCGAUCCGACGAUCCUCCCCAAUCUGACCAUCGGCGUGGAGAUCCGAGACGAUUGCUGGUACGCUCCCGUCGCUCUUCAACAGAGCAUCGAACUUAUUAGGGAUGCAAUCACACCCUUAUCAAUCAACCACAACACUUGCCUGAAUAACAGCCUGGGAGAACCUCGAGGACCACUCAUAGGAGUCGUCGGACCUGGUUCCAGUUCCGUUGCUCUUCAAGUGCAGAACCUUCUGCAACUUUUCCACUUACCGCAGGUCGGUUACUCGACCACCUCGAAAGAUCUCUCGGAUAAGAGUCGAUUCAAUUACUUCUUACGAGUGGUACCCUCCGAUUACUACCAAGCUCAGGUCAUGUUGGACAUAGUUAGACAUCACGGAUGGACGUACGUGUCGGCAGUUAACACGGAUGAAAAUUACGGACAAUCCGGUAUACAGGCUUUCAGGGAAUUGGCCGAAGAAGUCGACGUGUGCAUAGCACGCGAGGAUUCAGUUUUGAGCAACGCAGCUGAUGAAGUAUUCGACAAAGUUAUCUUAAACCUUAAACAAGAUCCCAACGCUCUUGUAGUCGUCUGCUUCUGCGAAGGCCUUACCGUUCGAGGUCUGUUACAAGCCACCAAACGUCUUAACAUUUCCAACCAUUUUCUAUUCAUUGGAAG